GACCGUAUUGUCUUAUGGGAUAAAUUGAAAAAGGAUUAUGAUGAGGCAGUGGCGGCGAAGACUCCGGAAAAUAUAACUGUAACUCUUCCGGACGGCAAGAACGUGCCCGCGCAGUCCUGGCGCACGACUCCUUAUGACGUCGCGAAAAGCAUCAGCCAAGGGCUGGCGGACAAUACUGUGAUCGCCAAAGUCAACAACGAACUGUGGGAUCUCGACAGACCUCUGGAGUGCGAUUGCAAGCUGCAGCUGCUGAAGUUCGAUAAUCUGGAGGGUCAGCAAGUGUUUUGGCACUCCAGCGCCCACGUCCUCGGGGAAGCCAUGGAGAGAGUCUACGGCGGCUGCCUCUGCUACGGCCCUCCCAUCGAGAACGGCUUUUACUAUGACAUGUACCUGGGCGAGAAGGGCAUUUCCAACGUGGACUUCCCGUACUUGGAGAGCCUGUACAAGAACAUAGUCAAGGAGAAGCAGCCGUUCGAACGGCUGGAGAUGACGAAGGAGGAUCUCCUGGAGAUGUUCAAGUACAACGAGUUCAAGGUGCGGAUUAUAACCGAGAGGGUGCACACGCCCACCACCACGGCCUACAGGUGCGGUCCGCUGAUCGAUUUGUGCAGGGGGCCGCACGUGAGGCACACGGGAAAGAUCAAGGCCAUGAGGAUCACGAAGAACUCGUCCACGUAUUGGGAGGGGAACGCUAACGCGGAGUCGCUGCAGAGGCUGUACGGGAUAAGCUUCCCGGACGCGAAACAGCUGAAGGAGUGGGAGAAGUUCCAGGAGGAGGCGGCGAAGCGGGAUCACAGGAAGAUCGGUAGGGAGCAGGAGCUGUACUUCUUCCACGAGCUCUCGCCCGGCUCCUGCUUCUUCCAGCCGCGCGGCGCGCACAUAUACAACACCCUGAUCGAGUUCAUUCGCUCCGAGUACAGGAAGCGGGGCUUCCAGGAGGUGGUCAGCCCGAACAUUUACAACAGCAAGCUGUGGCAGACCUCGGGACACUGGCAGCACUACGCGGAGAACAUGUUCUCCUUCGACGUGGAGAAGGAGACCUUCGCGCUCAAGCCCAUGAACUGUCCGGGCCACUGCCUGAUCUUCGACGUGCGGUGCAGAUCCUGGCGCGAGCUGCCGCUCAGACUGGCGGACUUCGGCGUGCUGCAUCGCAACGAGCUGUCGGGCGCGUUGACGGGCCUCACGAGGGUGAGACGGUUUCAGCAGGACGACGCGCACAUAUUCUGCUCCAUAGAGCACAUCAAGGACGAGAUCAGCGGCGCUCUCGACUUCCUGUGGCACGUGUAUUCCGUUCUCGGUUUCACGUUCAACUUGUGCCUGUCCACGCGACCCGAGAAGUUCCUGGGCGACAUCGCGAUCUGGAACGAGGCCGAGAAAGCGUUGGAGGAGAGUCUGAACGCGUUUGGCCAACCGUGGACCCUUAAUCCCGAGGACGGGGCGUUCUACGGACCUAAAAUCGACAUCACCAUUAUGGACGCGCUCAAGAGGCCUCAUCAGACUGCCACGAUACAAUUGGAUUUCCAGUUGCCAAUUAGGUUCAAUCUAUCGUACGUUAACGAAGCUGGAGAAAAAACCCGACCGGUUAUCAUACACAGAGCUAUCCUGGGCUCGGUAGAGCGCAUGAUUGCGAUCCUAACGGAAUCGUAUGCC